AUGAAGGGCAGAAAGCUUGCCCUGAGCCACCUAGGUUUUGAGCCUGCAAAAAUAUAUUUGCCCUUCUGGAAACCGAUCCCGACAUCGUUGGUAGCAAUCUCAGAACAUCUUGCUCUGGCCCUUUUUGGAUUUGCAGGAGAGCUCUGCUACGCCGUGAAACCUCCAUGGACUCAGCUGCUAGUGAUAGCAGAUGUCAACCUCCCACAAAAGGUCAUGGACCGACCACUCCCUGGGCCAACUGUUUUCACUGACGCAUCCUCAACCACCUCUACCACAGCCGUGAUGUGGCAGACACAAGAACGAUGGCAGUGUGCGAAAAUGACAGCCAAGUCGCUGUCUGUCCAACUUCUAGAAGCCUCCGCUGUGGUGUUGGCAUGCGGGUUGUUCCAAUCAGAGCACCUUAACAUAACAGACUCCAUGUUCGUUGCCAGGCUUUGUCAGCCGAUGUCUGGACCAGGCAUUUCAAUAUCCUCUGCUGCUGCAAUGAUAGAAGAAGCACUUUUCUCACGUCAAGGCACCAUAUCUGUGAUACACGUCAACAGCCAUAACCCCAUUAAGGGAUUUUUCCAAAUCGGCAAUGACAAGGCCAAUGCUGCAGCAAAGGGGCUUUGGACUUUACAAGACGCACGGCAACUGCAUGAGUCACUCCAUGUUGGAGCCAAAGCACUUGUCAAGAAAUGCAACAUCUCAAUAGCGGACGCUAGGCACAUAGUAGCCAUUUGUCCCCACUGUCAGAAAGCGCCUUUGUGGUCCAGUGGGAUCAACCCUAGAGGCCUCAAGGCCUCCGAGAUUUGGCAAACAGAUUUUACCCUCUGCCAAAUAUUAAAACCUCGAGCUUGGCUCGCUGUAACAGUUGACACAUACAGUGGCAUGAUCGUUGUGACCCAACAUGCGAAGACGAAUUCUAAGGCGACGAUUCAACACUGGUUAACAGCUAUGGCAUGGCUCGGCAUUCCAAAACAAAUCAAAACAGACAAUAGCACAAACUUUAUUUCCAAGUCAACCCAAGAGUUUGCUACUAAGUGGAACAUUACCCUAAAGCAGGGCAUUCCAUAUAAUAGUACGGGACAAGCCAUCGUGGAAAGAGCGAACCAAACUUUAAAAUCCAAGUUAGAAACCUUAGCCAAAGCAGAAGGGUUUAUCAAUAACAUCCCUCCGCCAGAACAGCCACGCCUGCUAGCCACCGCCAUGCUAGCGCUGAAUCAAUUUCCCAGGGGAGAUCAAGCACGGGCCCCUUCUCAAAAGCACUGGGCCACUGAAGCACUGAAAGAAGGUCCACCAGUUAAUAUUAGGAAUGAAUUGGGAAAUUGGGAACCAGGAUGGAAAUUAGUUCUAACAGGUCGGGGCCUGCCUCGCGCCGGACAAGGAGAACCGGAUGCGCAUCCCUACCGACCAUGCACCUGGACACUUCGCAAUCCCGUAGACGGUAGAGUAAUUGCACAAACUGUGUCUAACGCUCCUAGUUUCAUUGUUCACAUUAGUGAAAUAUUUAACUCUGAUGGAAUAGGAAUUGAUCCUAAUCGGGGAAAACCUUUUGCUUAUGUUAAUUGGGGAACAUACUGGUGCCCCAGUGUCAACCCCGGUAAAAGCUACUGCACCUACCCCGGGUAUGGGUUUUGUGGGUAUUGGGGCUGUGAAACCAUCGUUACCAGUAACCAGUGGGCACCAGCAAAAAGAGACAGUUUUUUAGAUGUGAGUUUUUGGCCCAAAGACUGCAAGCGGCCCAUAUUUGAUAAGAGCGGAAUGAUUGCUACUAAAAGGAAGCUGUUCCCACCUAAAUGUAACAGUCCUGCAACCUCAAGACGCCAGCUGGUUGCUAGGACGAAAGUGGUCAGUAUUUCUCCAUAG